AUGGCUUCCUCGAACCCAAACAACAAGGAAGAUCAAAAGCAGGAGGAAGAUGAAGAGCCUAUCAUUAUUCAAACCUCAAAUAUCUCGGAUGCAGAUCAGAUUUCCCUCACUCUGGUAGGUAGAGUGUGGACGGAACGCUCUGUGAAUGCUUUUGGCCUCAUGGACACUAUGAAGCAGAUCUGGAAUCCUGCGAAGGGUGUCACAUGUCGUGAGAUACAGACAAACCUGUUCUCCUUCCAGUUCAACAGUUCGCGCGAUGUUGAAAGAGUGAAGGCUGGACAACCUUGGCAUUUUAACAAAGAUGUAUUGGUCCUUCAGCCCGUUCAGCCAAAGAUUCAACCCUCGGCAAUGCAGUUUACCUCGGUGCCUUUCUGGAUCCGGAUUUAUGACCUUCCCAUGGCAGGGCGCUCGCCGGAGGUUAUCAAGAACCUUGGUAAGCGUCUUGGCAAUUUCUUAGAGUUCGAUGAAAGCUCCACAUCAGGUUUAACCAGAAGCAUCAGAAUCAGAGUGGUAGUGGACAUUCAAAAACCACUACGGCGGGGCUUGAAUAUCAUCAUGGAUGGGUCUACCCUCUGGCUCCCGAUUAAAUAUGAACGACUCCCCUCUUUCUGCUAUGGGUGUGGUAAACUUGGACAUAUGCUAAAGGAUUGUGAGGAUGUCAUCACUGAAGAUGGUCAAGCCGAAGGUCGAAAAAGAUUUGACGAAUCCAUCCGAGCAUCUCCCAUGAAAAAUUCAAAAAAGUUAGUUAGUUCAGGGAGAACUAGCAAAAACAUUUUUCAAAUGAGCAAAACCAAAUCCUCGAGUGAAAAAGAAGAUGACCAGUCAGAUUCAGAGAAUAAGACAAACCAACAAUUGAUCCCUUCUGAGGAAGUUAAUGGUCUACUGGAUUCCCUGCAACGUGUUGGCGUUGGAAACUCCCUCUCAGAAACCCUCACCCCUAAACACCUCCCAAACAUAAACCCUACAGCAAGCCCCACCCCAACCAUUAAUGCAGGGAAUAAACCUUUACCCAUGGUGUCCCACCCCUCACCCCACAUGAACGAGAAUACUGUUCCUAUUAAAUCUCUACCUUCAUAA